AUGCCCGGCCCCAGCUCACAGAACAAGAAGAAGAGAAAGACGCCCUCGACGUCUAGUGCUGUCGCAAGCUCAGCAUCAGGCGCUGGCACUUUCACGAUUCCAGAGGGCUUAUUCGCGGAUAUCGAUGAUGGUGCGACAUGGCAGGCGACCGUAGAGAUGCUGUGUAGACACUUUGAACUCCCUGAUCUCACCACUCGACACGGGCUCAAGAAGGUCCAUGCUCACUUCGAUAGACUGUAUUCAAGACUAGACAGUGCGUUUGUAACGGCAGAAAAGCGCGGAAUAGAGCGAGCUAUGGGAGGCAUCGUUGGCAUAUGGUCGAAGAUGUGCGCGGACGCCAUCCUCAGAGACAAACUUUUCCAGAAAGGUCUACUUUCGCGCAUUAUGCCGAUUCUAAACAUCGACUCUACGCGCCUGAUGGGUCUUAACGCGCUCGCGCUCGUCACUCACCACGGUGGAGUCCACGCUCGAACCGAAAUCGCCAAGAAGAACCUACAGCUCAUUCAACUAAUGCGCGCCCAUCCCGACGACGCAAAAGUCAUGGAGCUCGUGACGGUGACCAUAUCUCACGCAACUGGCGCGGUCCUAGCCCUUGACGAGACCCCAGACCCCCGGGUUGUCAAAGCUGUCAACGUUCGCGACGUGAUGCAGACUACCAUGGAGAAUAUCCGCAAGCCCAUCGCAUCCCACUACAUGAUCGACCACGCCAUCAGCCUCUUCAUCAAUUCAACACAACACUGCCCGAAAGAAUGCGCCGCCGCACCCGGGUUGCUCAACCUCCUGGUCGCCUUGCUGCGCAGCUCAAACCUCGGCGUUCGCUGCCAGGCACUGUGUGGCAUCAUCCGGUACACCGCGAGCGAGUCGCAGUUCGACUACCAGAACUUCGACCCGCAACGCUUCAUCGCCAUGUUCCAGCGCGGGGGCGUCCCGCCGCACCUCAGUGAAAUCCUUGUUGACUACGGCAUGGAGCGCGCCGAGAUCACGAUGACCAUCCGCGCGUCGGUCGACUACCAGAAGGCGAUGAUGCGCGCCGCACAGGACCGCAACCUGCUCUCGCUCGGGGAGACACUCGCCGGGCUUAUUCAGCGCACCGAAUACUCGAUCGCCGAGGGCGGCUUCCAGGCCGAAGACGCGCGGGGUCGGCUCGAAAUUAUGGAUGUCGGCCUGCCGUUCAAGAUGUGGACGGACUCACUGCCAUGCUGCGCGCGCGAGCUUCGCAAGCGUGGUCUCCCCGGGGAUCUCGACGCCGCGGACGUGCUCGACCUCAAGUUCUUCAUCAUGCGGCAACGCGUCAGGGACGCGAUCGACCUCGCCGAGCGCGCUCUCGCGCGCAACCCUGAGCUCACGUACGCGUACUACGCGCUCAGUAUGGGCGCGGAGCACGAGCGCGGUCUGCGCGCGGUGAAGAAAGGCCUCAAGUGCAAGAAGGUGACGCCGUUCCUGCGCAUGAACAUGCUCUGGCGCGCGAUCGAGCACGCAGGGGACAUGGGCACGACGACGCUCGCGACCGCGCGCGAGGGCGAGGGCAAGCACACGGAGGGCGUCGCGUUCCUGAUGUCCGCCUGGGAGGACGCGAAGACGUUCACCGCCGAGGCGCCGCCGGACAACCGGCACAUGAUGGGCAUCCUCGACUGGUACAUCCUCCUCACGCUCGCUAUCAAGGGCCCGGAGCUCAGCACUAACCUCUCGGAGCUGGCGGCUGCUCAGCGGAAGAUCAACAGUGCCGCCGAGUUCAUGGGGAUGCUCGGGCUCGCGAUCAACAAGACGCAGACGCGCCUCGCGCGCAUGCUCAUCCUCAAGCUGUACUCCAAGGCCUCGGAGGAGUGGGGUCCGUUUGUGCAGCACUUUGACGAGAUGAACGCCAGCGGGGGCGAGGCACUCAAGCCGCUCUCGUCGUCCCAGGCGGACGACGACCUCGCGGCGUGGCUCGAGAACAUGCAGCUCGACGACGACGAUGAUGAUGAGCACGGCCGCCAUCCUUGCACGCACCCGAAGAUCAGCACAAGCAACGUCGCGCUCUAUCGCUGCUCGUGGUGCAGCAACCCCAGUGCGGUCUUAAAGAAAUGUGGUGGUUGUGGCAAGACGAGGUACUGUGAUGGCGUCUGUCAGAAGAAACAUUGGUCAGACCACAAGCGCGAUUGUAAGAAGGCGUGA